GCCCGGCGGCGGCGCGAACGGCUGCGAGGAGGGUGGCUCCGGGCUUGGUUCUCACCGCGACUUCCCGCGCAGGGCCUGGCUAGACAAGGACCCGCGGCCUGGGCGGCAUUGGAGGAUGCGGUCGCGGCUGCGGCCCCGGCUAGCGGCAGCAGGAAGCCUGGCGCCUUGCAGGUCAGCAGUUGAGUAGCACGGGCCUGGGAAGGCUUGAAGCCUUCACAGCAAUGGCAGAGAAGCGGCCACUGGGGACCCUGGGGCCUGUGAUGUAUGGCAAGCUGCCCCGCCUAGAGGCAGAUGCAGGGUCUGGGCACAGCCUGCUCCCCCCUGCUGGAAGCCAGGACCCCUGCAGCUACAAGGGGGCAUACUUCUCCUGUCCCAUGGGGGCCACGCCCAAAGCAGGGUCUGAACGGAUGGCAUCUUGGACCCCAUACCCACCAUUGUACCCCACCAGCAUGGCAGGACCUCCACUUCGGGGAGACAACCUGCUGACCAACUGCCUGCUUUACCGCCCACCCACAGAAGACCCUGAGAAGAUACAGGACUCCAGCCCUGUUGAGCUGCCGCCCUUCAGUACCCAGGCUCAUUCCUACCCAGGCCCACCACUGGCAGUACCCAAACCUGUCUACAGAAACCCUCUGUGUUAUGGGCUCUCAACUUGCCUGGGAGAAGGGGCAGCAAAGAGACCACUGGAUGUUGAUUGGACGUUGGUGACUGGGCCCCUGUUGCCCUCAGCUGACACACCCUGUUCUUUGGCCCCACCUGCUGGCAAGGGCCAGUCCCUAGAUAGCACCUUCUUGCGUGGGGUGCCAGCUGAAGGGUCCAGCAAAGACUCCUCGAUGAGCUUCUCUCCAUGCCAAGCAUUCCUGGAGAAGUAUCGGACCAUCCACAGCACAGGCUUCCUGGCCUCCAAGUACACAGUUCCUUACUCAGGGGACCCUAAGCAAGCCAUGUCCAAGGGAUCCUCCAGUCCUUGGACCCAGCCGGCCCCACCCUUGGGGCCACCCUGCCAGGAUGUCAUGCCCAGCCACUACCCACUGCCCCACCAUCCACAGGCCCUGCCUUGUCCUCCAGCCUGUCGCCACCCAGAGAAGCAGGGCAGUUACAGCUCAGCACUCCCACUGCAACCCCUGGGAUCCCACAAGGGUGCUGGGUACCAGGCUCGGGAACUUGGUAGCCCCUAUCUGAGGCAGCAGUCAGUCCAGACACCCUACAUGCCCCCUGUGGGACUGGACACUUACUCCUACCCCUCUGCCCCACUCCCAGCACCCUCACCAGGCCUCAAGCUGGAGCCACCUCUUGCUCCACGGUGCCCACUGGACUUUGCCCCCCACACUCUCAAUUUUCCUUAUGCCCGGGAUGACCUCUCUCUCUACGGAGCAUCCCCAGGGCUUGGAGGGAUGCCACCUUCCCAGAACAGCUUGCAGGCUGUCCCACAGCCUGGUGCCUUUCAGCGUGUGUGCCAGCCUUUACCAGCCAGCCAGCCAUGCUCAGAGCCUGUAAGGCCUACAGAGAAGCCAGCACAGGAAACUGAGGAGAAGAUGUGGCUGCCUAGCUGCAGGAAAGAGCAGCUGCAGCCCCGGCUUAAUGAGCACCCUGGGGCACCCAUUGUCAUCCGGGAUAGUCCAGUUCCCUGCACCCCACCGGCACUUCCCCCUUGUGCCCAGGAGCGCCAGUCUCUCCCACAGAAGGAGGGUGCAAGACCACCCAGCUCUCCACCAAUGCCUAUUAUCGACAAUGUCUUCAGCCUGGCCCCCUAUCGUGACUAUCUGGAUGUGCAGGCACCUGAAGCCACAGCUGAGCCUGACUCGGCUCCAGCCACCAAUGAGAGCCAUGACAAAGGCUGCAGGGAGACACUGCCUACCCAAGAGGGCCCCUCGGGGGCAUACUGUUCACAUAAGGAGGAGGUAGCCCUGGACUUGAGUGUGAAGAAGCCCAUAGCAGAGGCUUCUCCCAUUAAAGUCCAUAGUCCUGUGGUACAUGUUAAGCCCACUGAAGCCAUGGACAUGCCAGAUGUGGGGAACCCAGUGUCAGAUUUGCCAGGCCUAAAAAAGAUAGUCACCAAAGCCCCAGGGUUGCCUGGGGAGCCAGAGACCACAGAGACCAUGCCAAGGACCAACUUCCAUAGCUCUGUGGCCUUCAUGUUCCGAAAGUUCAAAAUUCUCCGACCAGCACCCUUGCCUGCCACUGUCGUCCCAUUCACCUCAGGUCCUGCCCCCCCACCGGUGCAACCUGCCCCCACUCCCACAUCUGUACCUGUUGGCCUGCAGAUUCUCACUCAGCCCUUGCCUAUGGCCUGCUUCAACCUGGCACUGCCCAGCCCUCCAGCCAUAGCCAUGGCCUCCCCUACCUCCACCCCUGCUCCAGCUCCAUCCCUGGCUCCCACUCCAGUUCCAUCUCCUGCCCCUGUUCCAGCUCCUGUUCCUGCUCCAGCUUCAGCUGUAGGCCCUGCUCCAGCUUCAGCUGCAGGUCCUGCUCCAACAUCUACAGCAGCCCCAGCAGGCUCCCUAGAGCAGCGCUUUACAGGGCUACAUGCAUCCCUGUGUGAUGCCAUCUCAGGCUCAGUGGCCCACUCCCCACCGGAGAAGCUGCGCGAGUGGCUUGAGAUGGCUGGGCCUUGGGGCAAGGCUGCAUGGCAGGACUGCCAGGCUGUACAGGGGCUGCUAAGCAAGUUGCUGUCCCAGCUACGGAGCUUUGUGUAUACACAGCAGUGUCCGUUCCCCCACGUGGUGCGAGCUGGUGCCAUCUUUGUACCCAUCCACCUGGUGAAGGAGCGGCUCUUCCCACGACUGCCACCCGCUUCCGUAGACCACGUACUGCAGGAGCAUCGCGUGGAGCUGCGGCCUACCACACUGUCAGAGGAACGGGCAUUGCGGGAGCGUGCUCUGCAUGGCUGUACCUCACGUAUGCUGAAGUUGCUGGCGCUGCGCCAACUUCCUGACAUCUACCCGGACCUGCUGGGUCUGCAGUGGCAUGACUGUGUACGCCGCCAGCUGGGUGACUUUGACGCUGAGGCUGGAGCUGUGUCCCCCUCAGAACCCUCCAUGGCCAGAGAUGAGCCAGAGAGCCCAGCCCUGGCUCGGAAGUCACCGGCCCCCAAGGUCAGGAAGCCAGGGAGAAAGCCAUCAACUCCUGGCCCGGACAAAGCAGAGGCAACCUCUGGGAGAGAGUCUAGUGGUGGCUCACCUGCCCCUGCGGGGUGUGACAGCCCACCUGGCCCCACCCUGAAGGCCCGAUUCCGCAGCUUGCUGGAAACCGCCUGGCUCAAUGGCCUAGCACUGCCCACUUGGGGCCACAAGGCCUCAGGACCAGACCGGCCCUCACCCCACCCACAGUUACUGGGUGGCCAGAGCCACCACCUAUAACUCUAGUUGCUGGUACUGUGUGGGCAACUACCUGGGGCUCACUCUACCCCCCCGCUUCUGCCUGUUUAGUCCUGGGCCAGGAGUGGAUGCUGGGCCCAUGGCAUCUCCCUUGAGGGUCCCCAGCUGUCACCCCAGGCCCACCCAGGCUGGCUUGAGGAUCUUUAUUAGCUGGGAAUACUUUCUAUUUCUUCCCUAGAGAAAACACAUUGGCUUUGAAGCUGUACAGACCUGGGUAAGAUACUUCACCCUGUUGAGCCCUCAUACCCCAUUUGUAAAAUAGGACAACACAAUCUACCUCACAGGGCUGUCGUGGGGAUAAUGCCUGACAUACACACAUUCGUUUGGGUCUCUGCUUCCUCUGUGGGACAGGGCCUGGAAUAGGCUGAGGCAGCACAACCUUCCUGUAGAGUCUUUAUGUGUCAUAGGACUUGGUUGUCUUAGAGUGGUACAUUGUACAGUCUAUAUGACUCAUGUUUCCUAGAGUCACCCUUGCGCCCACCCCCACCCCCACCCAGCCUGGAGCUCCCUGAGGGAGCCUCCUGUCCCCACUGUCCCUGCUGCUGAUGGGGACAGGCCUAGGGCUGGCAUGCUUGUUCUGGGCCUGCUAUUCCCACCCUUGAAAGCUCUAAGCCUGGCCUGAGUUGACAUAAGUCGACUUCCCAAAGCUGCCUCCUCCACCCCAGGCACUGUCCUGGGCAAGCUGUUUUCUGGAAGCAGCAGUUGCAGGGACUCAGGGAUGGGGCAGGCAGGUUGAGAGGCAGCUCAGUCCUAGGAGGUCACAGAUCAGGAUUGGGGACUCUGGUACUCUUGGAGCCCAGUAGGCCUGCUGUGGGCCACCUGCCUGCAGAGUGCUGACCUGAGCCAGGUGCUGGCACAAAGGGCAUUGGCCUUAAGGGUUUGUGAAGAGCUUGUGGUUCCUGGAGGCAGGCCAUUAAAGCUUCUGGGUUGAUUUUGGAA